CACGCAGAUAAACCUCGAGAGCCUCAUUUGGUGGGCAUGGCGCUCUGUAGUGGUAACAGAAUAUUUGAAUGCUAGCAGUCGUACACGAGGAUUCGGCUCAUUGUAUAUAACUAGCGCUUGGAACUGGCAUUGGAAACUCUGGGGAACAGCGGCUACAACCUUGCGACCACAGCCAUUCAGGUUUCCCUCAUCUUGAAGUCUCUAUGGCUUCUUCCAACCUUCCAUAUCGGCACGAACUUACCUCAGCCGCAUCAUCGUACAUCGAAAUGGACGAGGAAAUAACAAGCUAUGUGAGGGAGCGAUAUGACAACCAGGUCCAGACGAAGGUGGAAUUUCGCAAUGACCGAUGGUGUGUUUGGGCUAGCAUAAGAUUUACUAAGGAAGAACUGGAUGAAAUGGUACUGGAACUAAGAAGCCGCACCACAGCGCACCUGGCCGCGUGA